AUAAAUCUGUUUGCUUGACCAGAUUUUCGCAGUACAGUACGAAUCGUCGCCAAGAUCAUUUGUUUGCGAAACCUUUUCUUCUGAGCUUGAAAUUAAGUCGUACAAAAUUAAAAGUGGCACCCGGGUAUAACGAAAAGAACUUGGUCAGAAUUGUGAUUUAAACGAAUUAUCGUUGAAACUUUUUGAAUAUUAAUUACCGAAAUAAGUGAAACGAAACCAUGUCUGUGAUACUUAAAAUCAAGAUACUAAUAUUCCUCAUCUCAAUAUCAUAUUUCCUCACAAUCCUGGAAGGAAAAACAAUCAAUUCUAACAUAAACAUCCUAACCGAUCAUCAAAAUCAUUCCGGCCAUUCAAUUGCCGAUCAAGUUGAAAUAAUUUUCCCGAAUCUGCACGAAUCGCUCCCUACCAAACAACAAACCAGACUAAAGAAGGAUCCGAAAUUUCUGUCAGAGCAAGUGGAAGUGUUUAGUAAGAAAAAUCAAACGUACAAAUCAAUCCCGGGACAGACGGAUGGCGAAGCGGUUGAUGGAAAGCCUAUGAAAUUUGUAUCGUCUCGCCCAUUGUUUGUGUAUAGAAAUGAAGCACGAAAAAAGCAGCAGCAGCAACAGCAACACUACGGAAACGAAAUUGUUUACUCAGACAGAGAUCACUCAUAUCCAUACCCAUAUCCUUUCUCGUAUUACACAAGUCAUGGAGUAUUUCAUUACCAUCCCUAUGGUCGAUAUUAAGAUGUAUAUAAAAGGUUCGUUAGCUGCCUCUACUAUUAUAGCAUGUCGAUAUUGUGGUGAUGGUUGAUUACUAUCUGACGGGACAUAUCCGUAAUAAAUCUCUUGAUAUCAAUCUUACCAUUUCAGAU